CACUGCAGGAUCUACUGCUCACAACUCCACGCCUGGACCCUUUGCCACCCAGUUGUCAGCUCAACAGAACGCAGGCAGAGCAAAGAAGAUGCGAAUAAGUUUGGUGCUGGUCACUCUGUUUCUUGUUAUGAAACUCCGAUCCACCCAAUCCAGAUGUGAGGAGCCUGGAUCGCGUAGACCCCUCUCAGACCCCAGUUUAGUGAACAGGCGGAACAUUGCGAGGAGGUCCAGUGAUUUGGAUUAUGACAGUUUUGUGGGACUGAUGGGCAGGAGAAACACAGAGGCGGCAAAUGAAUUACCGUCGGCAAAUAAAAGGGAGAUGCACGACAUCUUCGUUGGUCUUAUGGGACGGAGAAACUCAGAGACAGGUGUGUUUAUCGCUCCCGCAGAUGAUGGUCCAUGGAGGAAAACGGACCCGGAGAGAAGGGGAGUCUUCCUGAAUAAGUGUAGACUCCGGUUUCGGCGUGGAUUUUGAUCCUGCCUUUCAGAGUACAUCUCAUCUGGCUAAGAUGACACCUCAUUACCGAGCAUACGAAAUGCAAAUGUCUCUGAACAUGGCACGGGAUAUUUUACAAUACAACCAUCCGGAUUGUUUAUGGCUGCUGUUGUGUUACAUGUUUGUAGCCUAUAUGAAUGAUCUGAACAACAAGCGUUGUUUAGAAUUGAAACAUGAAUCGAAUUAAUUUAUUUAUCUUAUUCCAUGCAAUUAAA